AUGAUCACUGGGGCUGAUUCUUCUGAAAUUUCUAGUGUUAAAUCCUUUCUCCAUGAUCAGUUCAAGAUUAAGGAUUUGGGGUGCCUUAACUAUUUUCUGGGUAUUGAGGUUCAUUAUUCAGAUUCUGGGGUUUUCCUUCAUCAGAGGAAGUUUAUACUUGAUCUAUUGGAUGAUUUUCAUUGUUCAGAUGUUUCUCUUGUUCUUUGUCCUCUUGAGUUGUUUGCUAAGCUUAAAGCUCAUGAAGGUGAUCCCUUACCCAAGCCUGAUGUGUACAGAUCUCUUAUUGGGAAGUUGAAUUUUCUUACUCACACUCGACCUGAUAUUUGUUUUGUUGUUCAACACCUUAGUCAGUUCUUGCAAUCCCCUUGUCUUCCCCAUAUGCAAGCUGCUCUCCAUGUGCUCAGAUACCUGAAGGGUACCUCUGAUUGUGGGAUUUUCUUCAACAAUUCCUCUUAUUUGUCUCUAACUAUUUGUUGUGAUAGUGAUUGGGUUGCUUGUAUUAACACUAAGAGGUCAAUGAGUGGCUAUUGUGUGUUUUUGGGUGGCAGUCUUGUGGUUUGGAAGUCUAAGAAGCAACCUGUUGUUUCCGUGUCUUCUUCUAAAGCUGAAUACAGGGCCAUGAGAAAAGUUGUGGCUGAGUUGGCAUGGCUAUCCCAUUUGCUCUCUUAUUUGGGUUUGCAUUCUUCACUUAUUCCUUUGUUUUGGGAUUCUCAGGCUGCUAUCCACAUUGCUAAGAAUCUAGUUUUUUAUGACCGAACAAAACAUAUUGAACUUGAUUUCCAUUUGGUGCGGGCCAAGCUUGCUGAAGGUCUUAUUCAUCUGCUGCAUACCUCUUCUUCUUCUCAGUUGACUGAUAUUUUCACUAAGUCUUUGGGUGGUGCUGCUCAUCAUGGUUUUCUUUCCAAGUUGGGAGUUUUAUCACCCUCCAACUUGGGGGAAGGGGGUGUUAGAGAUAUACCACCCACUCCUGAUUAG